AGAAUUGUCCCUGCCGGAGAGCCGUAGCGGCUGCAGGAAGAGGGGCCGCACCCGGAGAGAGAGGGCUGGAGGCCGUGAGGAGUCCCCUUAUAGUUGGGACAGACGGAGUGGAUGGUCUGACUGCAGCUGUUGGAACAACCCAAGAUGGCAGCCAACAAGAACAAGACCCAGAGUUCCUUGGUGCUACACAAGGUGAUCAUGGUGGGCAGCGGUGGAGUGGGCAAGUCUGCCCUUACCCUACAGUUCAUGUACGAUGAGUUUGUAGAAGAUUAUGAGCCCACCAAAGCCGACAGCUACAGGAAGAAAGUGGUGCUGGACGGAGAGGAGGUUCAGAUUGACAUCCUGGACACGGCGGGCCAGGAGGACUACGCGGCCAUUCGAGACAACUACUUCCGCAGCGGCGAGGGCUUCCUGCUCGUCUUCUCCAUUACAGAGCACGAGUCCUUCACAGCAACAGUAGAGUUCAGAAAAUGUGUGAAUCUUGGGGGGGACAAAGAUAAGAUCCCGCUGCUCAUUGUAGGGAACAAGUCGGAUCUGGAGGAGAGAAGACAAGUCCCUGUGGAUGAGGCCCGAGGAAAGUCGGAGGAAUGGGGCGUUCAGUAUGUGGAGACCUCAGCCAAAACCAGAGCCAAUGUAGACAAGCUUUUCUUUGAAAUUCCGUAUUCAUUAUUAUUGUCGCUCUUUAACCCCCGAAGUUCCGGCACAACGCCGGCUGCACACCAUCGCCAUGAACCGGCUUCCUGA